CCCACCGCAUGUAGUCAGACGCUGUUCAUUACAUCUAUUAUCUUUGUUCGUGAUACACGUGUGCCGUUCUCAACAGGAAAAUGAUGGAAAAAAGCGCAAUGACGAAUAAAAAGAGAUCCUGUUGUAUUUCAGUGGACGUCGCAACCUUCAUUUUUGGUAUUUUUAGCGCAGUGAUAUCAGCCAUCGGUAUCCUAGCCUUCUCGACCUUCCACCUCUGGUUCGGAGACUUCUCCGGUGAAAAGGACUUCGGCCAAUGGCUCCGUGACCCUGACUCCAUGCCGAUACACGGAGAUGCCAAAUAUGAGAAGAGACGGAUGAUCUAUAUGUGGAUCAUGAUCUUGGUGUUUCUCUGGUUUUUGAGCUGUAUUGUGUCGUUCAUCUUCUCUGUGUUCCUGUGUUAUGGAACCCACAAGAGGCGGCCGGCCUUCGUGAAGGCCUACUUAGUAUACGGUGCUGUGAUGACCACGCUGAUGCUGGCGGUGGCUUGCUUCUACAUCUGGAGGGGGGACGUCCUCGAUACACUCAUACAGCUGAUUAUUUGCGGUUUAUACUCGUUGAUUCUCCUGAUGGUCAAGCGCACGUACGAAAUCAUCCGAGCGGAGCACACCAGCGACUCCACACCAAUUCUAACCUCCAAACCUGGCAUGAACAUUUAAUUUCUAUAAUUUUCCUUCAUUAUGAAAACUAUUUUAAAACUGAGACAGCUUUUCAAAGUCUCGCUGUAUAUCUCAAGCGGAUCUUUUCCUCAUCAAACCCAGAACCACUUGCUUUGUUUUUGAAUUUGGUACAUUAAGUUACUUACCGGAACCUUAAGGGCUGAUUUUGACGACGCGCGAAUUCGCAUGCGAUUUUAGUUACAUUGCGGACUUUUGGUUACGUCCAAUUUAACCGACCGAUCAAUGCCCGCAAUGCAAUGAAACUCGCAUGCGACUUCUCGCUUUAAAUGAGACCAUUGGCUUAUUAAUCCAAAGUUAUACGUUAUACGUGAGCCCGUUUUAAAGUAGUUUAUACGACAACGGUUUCACUCACUUGAAUUUUUAAUCGCUAUAGGCGACAUGUUGCGACUAAAAAUUCAAGUGAGUGAAACCGUUGUCGUAUAAACAAUUUAAAAUAUGUCUCACGAAAGUUUUAAAGUAGUUUAAUAAUAAUUUUGAAUCUCACGAGUUAUCAAAACCCUCCGAACGGAAAACUUGUUGCCUAAUCAUAUAACACACCGGACACCUUUGUGCAUGUGUAUUUUAUUAUAAAUAAAAUUAUUCUAUUCUAAUCUAAUCGAAAAAAAAUUAGUGCAUUUAAAUUAAUGUUAAGGUAAGGUGAAAAACGAUUGAAAUAAAUUAUUAUUUUAUAUUAAGUA